GCUUUGUAUUAUCUUGUAGGUGGCUUUUUCUCAAGUAUUUUUUCCAGUCUCUUUGGAACCCGGGAAAUGAGGAUUUUGAUUUUGGGAUUAGAUGGUGCUGGAAAAACCACAAUUUUAUACCGAUUACAGGUUGGAGAAGUCGUUACUACUAUUCCUACUAUCGGAUUUAAUGUAGAGACUGUGACAUACAAAAACCUUAAAUUCCAAGUGUGGGACCUAGGAGGACAGACAAGUAUCAGGCCAUAUUGGAGGUGUUAUUAUUCCAACACAGAUGCAGUCAUUUAUGUGGUAGACAGUUGUGACCGAGACAGAAUUGGCAUUUCCAAGUCAGAAUUAGUUGCCAUGUUGGAGGAGGAAGAGCUGAGAAAAGCCAUUUUAGUGGUGUUUGCAAAUAAGCAGGACAUGGAGCAGGCUAUGACCCCCUCAGAGAUGGCAAAUUCACUUGGGUUACCUGCCUUGAAGGAUCGGAAAUGGCAGAUAUUCAAAACAUCAGCAACCAAAGGCACUGGCCUUGAUGAGGCAAUGGAAUGGCUGGUUGAAACAUUAAAAAGCAGGCAAUAACUCAAUCAUUCCAGCUCCUUUGAAACCAAGACAUCAUCGUGUCUCUCCGUCAACAGUCAGGUGUGCUUCAUGUGACAUGUAAAAACUGUGAUUGAUGUCAUAUACAGAACUGACUGUAACAACUGUAAUAUUAAAAAAAAAGUAUUUGGUUGGAGGGAGGGAUAACUUGGUCAAAUCACCUGAAUGUUCAGUGUAAAAUAUUUCUUCCUUGCUCUCCUGUGUUAAGGUAUGCUAUUUGUAUGGAGUUCUUACUUAAAUAUAAUUCUAUUAAAGAAUGCACUCUUCUCAGAGGGAAAAACCCUCCUAUUUUUGAA